AACCCCAACCUCCUCCCUUGGGUUGGUUUCGCCGACGACCGCAGAGCUUCAUCGAGGUGAUACGACGUCGUUCCACCGUCGUCGGACGGUAUAUAUUUGGAUAUCUUCGUCGGAUCCCUUUCAUUUAUUAAGAAAAAAAUUCAAAAUAUCUCUCUGCUUCUUCUUAAAGAAGUUCGGUUGAUUUUCUCCUUAGUGAUUUGAUCGGAAUUUAGUUAAUUCAGUAGCUUGAAGGUCUUUGAAUUUCCACUGAUUGAAGUUGCUACGAUUUCGAAUUUUGAAUUGGUUACUGUAUAUAGUAAGUGCAUAUGAUUUAAAGGAGCUGUUAAUUGGAAAGAAAUAUCUAGGGUUAGGGUUUGAGUUUUAGGGUUUUAUGAUUGUUAUGAUGAUUUGACAAUGGUGAGGUUAUUGGGAUUGACGAGAGGAGAGCCGGCCGAGUCACCUCGGGAGGUAACUCGGAUAAUCCCAACAAGUGAGGAUAUUGGAGAGAGUGGCUGGCUUAUUAGAUUCUUUGAUUCUGCGUUCUUCUGUGAGUGGAUCGCUGUCAGCUACCUUUAUAAGCAUGAUCAUCCUGGUGUUAGGGACUAUUUGUGUAAUAGAAUGUACACACUUCCACUUUCUGGCAUUGAGAGUUACUUGUUUCAGAUAUCGUAUAUGAUGGUUCAUAAACCGAGCCCCUCGUUGGAUAAGUUUGUGAUCGAUGUGUGUUCGAAGUCAUUACAUAUUGCCCUAAAAGUGCACUGGUUUUUGAUGGCGGAGUUGGAGGAUACAGAUGAUAAUGAGGGGAUAAGUAGGCUUCAGGAGAAGUGUCAGAUUGCUGCUACUUUGAUGGGUGAGUGGCCACCUUUGAUAAAACCCCCAAACACUUCAUCUAAUCUCUUGGGAAAGAAUCAGAUGCUUAAUAAGUUAUUGUCUUCAAAACAGAAGCUAUUAUCCUUGACAUCUUCACCACCAGCUGUACAGCGGUCUCUGUCAUUUUCACCCUCAGGGAGUUCAUUGCCACAGGAUGAUGGUCUUGGAAGUAAAAUAUCGUCGCCUGAGGAAAAUAAGAUUUUUAAGAAGUUGAUUCCGGGUCCAAAAGUAAGAGAUGCAUUGCUAUUCAGGAAAUCCGUGGAGAAGGAUGAUGAAGAACCAGAAAAAGAUAGUUUUUUGAAGAGACUUUUGAGGGAUAGUAGGGAUGACGACGUGAGGAAAUCAGCGGAAAAGGAUGAUGCAGAACCGGAGAGGGAUGGUUUUUUUAAGAGGUUUUUAAGAGAGAGUCGGGAUGAUGAUAGUAGGAAAUCAGUGGACAAAGAUGAAGAGGAGUCAGAAAAAGAUGGAUUUUUUCGCAGACUUCUUAGUAAUAGUAAAGAUGAUUAUGCUAGGAAAUCUGUGGAUAAGGAUGCAGAGGAAUCAGAGAAGGAUGGUUUCUUCAAGAGGCUUUUGAGUACCAACAAGGAUGAUGAUGAGGAUGUGCACUCAAGUACAGAUGGAUUUUUCAAACGUAUGUUUCGUGAUAAUAAAAAUGAUUUGGAGGAUAAAGUAGGUUCCAAACCUGUUGAAGAUGAUGAAAAAGACGGGUUUUUCCGGAAGUUUUUGAAGGACAAAAAAUUUGAGGAGAAGAAGGAUGUAAGAGAAAGGAACGAAACAGCUGAAAAAUCAACAAGGAGUUCUGAAGAUGAUGAAAAGGAAGGGUUCUUCAAAAAGUUUUUUAAGGAAAAAUUUGAGGAUAAGAAAGAUGGUAAUGACAGAGCUGAUGACAAUCUUAGGAGGCAUGCAAAUGGUGAGGAAGAAGAGCCUUCAGAUUUUCCAUUGUUUCGUCGACUCUUUCGAGUGCAUCCAGAGGAUUCAAAACUGUCAGCAUCAAAUGAAAGCAGUAAUGGUGGCAGUUUUCUUGAGAGCAGUCCUGGAACUGAGAACUUUUUCCGCAAGCUGUUUAAGGAUCGUGACCGUUCAGUUGAAGAUUCAGAGCUCUUUGCUUCAAAGGGGAACAAAGAGAAACGUCCUGGCUCCCCAAAGCAGCACGAGAGGUUAAAUGCAAAACCUCCACUUCCAGAUAAUGGGUUGUCACAAUUUCGGAAAGGGGCCUAUCACCAAUCACUUGAUUUUGUGCAGUCACUGUGCGAUACUUCUUAUGGAUUAGUAGAUGUGUUUCCAGUCGAGGAUCGCAAAAGUGCUCUUUGUGAGUCAUUAGUGGAGAUCAAUGCACAUCUAGCGGAUGUUCAAAACAGUGGAGGAGUGUGCUUUCCGAUGGGAAAGGGGAUGCAUCGUGUUCUUCAUAUUCCUGAAGAUGAAGCUGUUCUCUUGAAUUCAAGAGAAAAGGCUCCUUAUUUGAUAUGUGUUGAAGUUUUAAAAUGUGAAAGCCCCAAUUUAAAAGACACAUCCAACUCUCAAAAGCUAUCUAAGGGAGGGAUCCCUCUGGCAAAUGGAGAUGUUCUAUUGCCAAAGCCUCCUCCUUGGGCUUAUCCUCUUUGGAUAGGACAGGAUAACCACAAUGACAGAAUGUCAAGGUCUGCAUCUCAGGCCAUAGACCAAGCAAUGGCUCAAUUAUGGGAUGCUAAAGUGAAAUUUGUGCGAGUGAAUUUUUCGGUAGAGAUGCAAUCAGAGUCUGCAAUAGAUCAUUGCAGCCUUGGUUCUGCUUCAGAAAGUUAUAGUAAAUGCAGAGAGGUCCCAUCUCUUCCAUUGAAGUCAGAUGCUAUUGAUUCAGAAUGGGUACGGGUUGUCUUGACUGUAGAUCCUGGUGUUAGGAUGGAGGAUAUAGUGGACCAAGAACCACCAAGAAAGAAAGAGCAUCGAAGGGUUCCCAGUACAGUAGCCAUCGAGGAAGUUAAGUUAGCUGCAUUAAAAGGCGAAGCACCUCCUGGACUCCCUUUGAAAGGUGCUGGUCAGGAUUCAUCUGAUGCACAACCUAAGGUCACAAAUGGUGGUCUUCCCAAGGUUAGUGAUGCACUUUCUGGAGAACUCUGGGAAGUCAAGAAGGAAAGAAUACGCAAAUGCUCUGGUUAUGGGAAAUUACCUGGGUGGGACUUGAGAUCUUUCAUCGUGAAGAGUGGUGAUGAUUGCAGACAGGAGCAUCUUGCUGUACAACUUAUCUCCCACUUCUACGAUAUCUUCCAGGAAGCUGGUCUGCCGCUUUGGUUGCGUCCUUAUGAAGUCUUAGUUACAUCCUCUUAUACUGCUCUAAUUGAAACAAUUCCAGAUACGGCCUCAAUUCAUUCUAUCAAAAGUAGAUUUCCUGACAUCACAAGUCUACGUGAAUUUUAUGUUGCCAAGUAUCAGGAGAAUUCUCCUACCUUUAAGCUUGCUCAGAGAAAUUUCGUUGAAAGCAUGGCUGGAUAUUCUCUGGUUUGCUACCUUUUGCAGAUAAAGGAUCGACACAACGGAAAUCUUCUAUUGGAUGAAGAAGGACAUAUCAUACACAUUGACUUUGGUUUCAUGCUAUCUAAUUCACCUGGAGGUGUAAAUUUUGAAAGUGCACCAUUUAAAUUGACACGUGAACUUCUUGAGAUCAUGGAUUCUGAUGCUGAAGGAGUUCCAAGCGAGUUCUUUGAUUAUUUCAAAGUUCUAUGCAUCCAAGGGUUUCUCACAUGUCGGAAGCACGCAGAGCGUAUAAUUCUUCUUGUCGAGAUGCUACAGGAUUCUGGUUACCCUUGUUUCAAGGGUGGUCCCCGAACAAUUCAGAACCUAAGAAAGAGAUUUCAUCUUAGUUUAACAGAAGAGCAAUGUGUUUCCUUGGUACUUUCUUUGAUUAGCAGUAGCUUGGAUGCGUGGCGUACUCGUCAAUAUGAUUAUUAUCAGAGGGUCUUAAAUGGGAUAUUAUGAGGUCAAAGUGAGUUAUCCACACCGAAACCUGACUAUACGUGUGAAGAGAACCGAUCUUUAACUAGUUUGCUGAGAGGGGCUUGGUUGGGAAAGAGCAAUUCAUUAUAUGGAUGUGUUCGUCUGAUUCAGUCGAGGUUAAAGGAUUGCUUGUCCUUGCAGUUUGCUUCUCUUUCUGAGGAAUUUGUAGUUGUACCUGCGAAUGUUGUAUUGAAAUGUACCAGGUGCAAGCUCUCUUCAAGAAGAGCUUUAAUUUCUAGUUUCACUCAAUUUUCAAGAUUAUUGGACAAAAGGCAUGGGUUGUCUCAAGAUUCAGUGAAGAGAUUUGUCGAGUAUACCCACCCGUGGGUACAUACUGUACAGAGCUGUGUGUAAGAGAAUGCAACAGUGGUGGCUAGCUGACAGAACGCGAGAGACGGCUGUUUGAAUUGAAUCAUGAGUUUGCUGGUGCAACAUGAUAUUUGGUUUGUACAAUAGCUUCUUUGCUUUAAUUUUGUUCUUCAUUUUUCCUUUUAUUCUGUCAAAAGCAUUAUUUAGAUUAGCAGUAGGAAAAUUGCUGCCGGCUAUUUCUUGAUUUUCAAGUCUUUGAUUCUUUGUGUUCACCAGGAGAUAUCUGAAACAGCAGAGUUGUAAUGUAUAAUAUUUUUUGUCCACCACACCUCUUCAUAGUGCAAUUUGUCCA